AGAGAGAGAGAGAGAGAGAGAGGCUCAUAUGGGACAGAGCAGAUAAACCCCAGCAGUGUGUCUCUUCUCCUCCAGGUCUGCUCGGGAUCCUCAGCUCCAGGAGCGACACACACACACACACACACACACACACACGCCUCGCGAGCGCCGCGCGGUCCGGUGCAGCUGAGGAUGAUGAUGAGGAUGAUGAAGAGUCGCCGGUUCACCGGAGUCGCGCCGCUGAUGAUGAUGAUGAAGAUGAUGAUGAUGAUGAUGCACGCGACACGAGCAGUGUCUCCAGCAGCCAAUCACAUCGAUGUGCUGAAGAUUCUGGACCUAUCAGACUCCAUGGAGGGCGUGUCUUUGGAGGCGGGGCUGUGUAUGAGUAGGCGGGGCUCAGAGGAGGCGGAUCUCGCUUAUAAGAUUGAGAAGAAAAUCCAAGUCAGUGUUCCGACCAAUCAGCUCUUCCCAGACUCGGUGUUCCCUGAGGACUUCUCAGUGCUGGUGACGGUGCGAGCGCGGCGUGGAGCUCAGUGUUUUCUGCUGUCGGUGUAUGACAGCGAGGGAGUACAGCAGCUGGGUCUGGAGCUCGGACGCUCGCCCGUCUUCCUCUACGAGGACCACAACGGCCAGCCGACCCCUGACCUCUACCCCAUCUUCAAGAAGGUCAACCUCGCCGACGGCAAGUGGCACAGAGUGGCCUACAGCGUGGAAGGUCAGAAGGUCACGCUCUACCUGGACUGUCAGAAAGUGGCGACCCUUGACCUUCCCAGAGGCCCUGAGCCUAGGGUCAGCACGGACGGAGUGACGGUGUUCGGGACCAGACUCCUGGAUGAAGAAGUGUUUGAGGGUGAGAUCCAGCAGCUGUUAAUCGCUCCAGACCCCAGAGCUGCUGCUGAUUACUGCCACACCCACAUUCCUGACUGUGACUCCGCCCUCACCUACAACAGCCUAUCGCUGGACCCCGUGGAGGUCAAGAAGCCUCCGAGGAAGCCAAUCGAAGAGGAGUUUGAAGAUGACCUUUACAAUGACCUCUACAGUGACCUGUCAGUGUCGCCUGCGGGAGACAACGCCACCGAGUACGAGCUAGUGGAGUACGAGGACACUGAGAACGAGACGGAGUAUUUUAAGGAGUACACUGAGUAUCAGGAGUAUGAGGACUAUGAGUAUCGUCCUGCGGAGAGACAGGAGCAGUUCUUCAGCGCUCAGGCUGUCGGUCCAGAGAAGGGUCAGAAGGGUGAGCCGGCGCUGCUGGGAGAGGGGACGCUGAUCAUGGGACCCCCGGGUCUGCCUGGUGCUGAGGGGCCGCCAGGUGAACACGGCCCUAUGGGACCCCCGGGGCCGAUCGGAGAUCCAGGAGACCCGGGCCCCGAGGGCCGACAGGGGCUUGCAGGGGCUGAUGGGAUUCCUGGACCUCCAGGGAACCUGCUGAUGUUACCGUUCCAGUCCGGCGGGGACGCUCGUCACGGUCCUGUCAUAUCAGCUCAAGAAGCUCAAGCUCAAGCCAUCCUGCAGCACACUAAGCUCUCUCUGAAAGGACCGCCGGGACCCUUAGGACUCACAGGACGCCCAGGACCUCUGGGAUCUCCGGGCCCGCGCGGUCUGAAGGGUGAUCAUGGGUUCCCAGGACCUCCGGGUCCUCGUGGGCUGCCGGGGGCUCCGGGAUUGAAUGGUAAACCAGGAAAGAGGGGGCGCGGUGGGAUCGACGGAGCCAGAGGUGAACCAGGAGAGACUGGAACUAAAGGUGACCGAGGGUUUGAUGGGUUACCGGGUCUGCCUGGAAACAAGGGUCACCGGGGAGAUCAAGGGAAGAAGGGGCCGGUCGGUCCUCCAGGAGGUCCUGGAGAAAAGGGUUCAGAUGGUCAGCCGGGGCCCAGGGGUCAGCCAGGAGAGCCUGGUCUAGCAGGGCUGACGGGUCAGAGGGGUCUUCCUGGUCCUCCAGGACAGCAGGGUAUUCGUGGAGUUGAUGGAGUUCAGGGUUCAAAAGGAAACAUGGGUCCACCUGGAGAACCUGGAGCUCCAGGACAGCAGGGGAACCCAGGAUUCCAGGGUUUUCCUGGACCUCAGGGAGCAGUCGGGUUACCAGGAGAAAAGGGUCCUCAGGGGAAGAAGGGGAUGAAGGGGUUACCUGGUGUCGACGGCCCACCGGGUCAUCCAGGACGAGAGGGGUCACCCGGAGAGAAAGGCCUGCCGGGUACAGCAGGUGUUCAGGGGCCUGUGGGAUAUCCUGGACCCAGAGGAGUCAAAGGUGCUGAUGGCUCAGAGGACUGAGGCAGUAAAGGAGAGAAGG